GUGAAGGAGAGAGGUGGAGACUGCAUCAGCCUGAUCCAGACUGCUGGCAUUCCCCGUCCUUGCUCAUCUGCUGCUGGUCCCAGCGCACCCGCAAAGUCCAUGGAACACAAUCACAUCUUCACCCUCAAUAGGACUCUCCUCUCCCUCCAUGGGGGCCAGCGUGGAUGUGGCUUGGAAUAUAUCCGCCUGGUCUACUACAGUUUGCUGCUGGCUCUGGGCUUACCAGCUAACAUCCUGACCGUGAUCAUCUUGUCUCGGCUGGUGGCUCGGAGACAGAAGUCCUCCUACAACUAUUUGCUGGCUCUGGCUGCUGCCGACAUCUUCAUCCUUUUCUUCAUUGUCUUCCUGGACUUCCUGCUGGAAGACUUCAUCCUGGGACAGCAGAUGCCACAGGUCGUGGAUAAGAUCAUCGGAGUGCUGGAGUUCUCAUCCAAUCACACAUCUAUCUGGAUCACGGUCCCACUGACCAUCGACAGGUAUAUCGCGGUGUGUCACCCGCUGAAAUACCACACGGUCUCGUAUCCAGCGCGCACACGCAAGGUGAUCAUCAGUGUGUACAUCACCUGUUUCAUCACCAGCAUCCCUUACUACUGGUGGCCAAAUAUAUGGACGGACAACUAUGCCAGUACUUCCAUGCAUCAGAUUCUGAUCUGGCUUCACUGUUUCACUGUCUACCUGGUACCAUGUUCCAUAUUCUUUGUUUUGAAUUCAAUAAUUAUCCACAAGCUGAAGAGGAAAAGCAGCUUCUGUAUGCGUGGCUACUCGCGGGGGAAGACCACGGCAAUCCUGCUCACCAUCACCACCAUCUUUGCGAUACUCUGGGCCCCCAGGAUGGUGAUGAUUCUCUACCACCUUUACGGUUUGCCCAUCAACAACGGCUGGUUGGUGCAUGUGGUCUCAGACGUGGCCAACAUGCUGGCCUUCCUCAACACCGCCAUUAACUUCUUCCUCUACUGCUUCAUCAGCAAACGCUUCCGCACAAUGGCGGUGGGAACGCUGAGAGCCUUCGUCAAAUGCCAGAAGCAGCCCGUGCAGUUUUACACAAACCACAACUUCUCCAUCACCAGCAGCCCAUGGAUCUCACCGGCCAACUCACACUGUAUCAAGAUGCUGGUGUAUCAGAACGACAAGGACGGAAAGCCUCUGAAGAUAUCUCCCUGAGAUGAAGAUCUUGCCAAAAUAGGAAGGCUGUUUCGUGGCUGAAUUAUUAUCUGAAGGUCAACUUGCCCAAUCAUUUAACAUCCAAAUGAUUGCAUAUUUUAACGUGUGCCUGCCUCUUCCGCCGUUUGGACACCACUUUGUGCAUUUGUCAGCUGUUAAUAACCUACACAUACGGCAUUAAUAACGCCUUUUCCAAAAGAGCAAAUUGGCAUUGCGAGCCGAUCACUGUGACCUUUGAAUGUGUGAAGGGGCAGCAAAUAGUGAGUGGAAGAGGUAGCAACAUCACAGACAAUCCAUAACGGACUGCAGCAAAUAAAAUGACUUAGAUUUUAAUGAUAAAUAUGUACCAAAAGAUUGUAUGCUAUGUAUUCUCUAGGUUUAUAGUACUGAGGAUUUAAACUGAUCCAAGUUGUCGUGAUCUUACACUGCAGAUUUAAGAGAAUGUUUUCUGCAGACUUAUUAUCGAGUGUUUGUAAGGGAU